UUCGCCAAUUCCAGUCUCCAGAGGAAAAUAAAAUAGUGAGAGAAAGAAAGUAGAUAAAGCUUCAAGCUUCAUUCCUUCAAUCCUUCAAUCCUUCAAUCGCUUGCGAAUUGCGAUGGCUUGGUUGACUCGAUUCCUGGCAGCCGUGGCUUUCUUGGCCAUCGGAGUGAUAUUCUCCCCGGAGACCUUUGGGUCGAAAUCGGACGGUCUGAAAUCGCCCACCCUCUCCACCUACCUAAAGCUGGCACAUCUGCUCUGUUUCUCCACCGCAUUCGGCGCCGCUCUCUGGGUCACCUUCAUAGGCGGCAUCAUCAUGUUCAAGAAUCUUCCGCGGCAUCAGUUCGGGAAUCUUCAGAGCAAGAUGUUUCCGGCGUACUUCACGAUGGUGGGGAUAUGCCUUGCAGUAUCAGCUGGGUCGUUUGGGUAUUUGCAUCCGUGGAGCUCUUCCUCUGUUGCCGACAAGUACCAGCUCGGCUUUUUGCUCUCUGCCUUUGCAUUCAAUCUCACCAAUCUCUUCGUCUUCACUCCCAUGACCAUCGAGAUGAUGAAGCAAAGGCAUAAGGUGGAGAGGGAGCAGAACAUUGGGGAAGAAGUUGGAUGGUCAAAGAAUGUGCAAGUUGCAAAGGUAAACCCAAAACUGGCAGCCAUGAAUAAGAAGUUUGGUAUGAUUCACGGGCUAUCAUCUCUUGCCAACAUCUUCGCAUUUGGCAGCCUUGCUAUGCACUCGUGGUACUUGGCUGGUAGACUUGAUCUCUAAGAAAAUAAAACCCCAACUUCCCCUUUUCUAUGGGGGCUUUCUUCUCGGUUUCCAAAAACAACACACUUAAGAUGAUGUAUACUUGCUUCUUGUUUUGGUAGGCAAUUGUUGAGUCCGUUCCGCUCAUUCAAAGACAUUAUAUGGCUAUCGAAAAUUUGUUCUUGCCACCAAUAGCAUCUUUUAGUGAUGAAUAAAAAUGACUUUGUAAUAUUUC